CAUGGCAUGAGGGCAGAGCACAUCAGCUAGCAGCACACCACGCCGCAACCCACUUGGAGGAAGACGCGACGGCGCACAACAGCACGCCGCCGUGGGUGCACUGAUAUCGCCAGUGUUCAUCCGGUUAGUAGGUAUUGCGGUGAAAAACGCGGCGAUGGCACCAUCAAAAUCCAACACCAUAGGACCUUUAGAGCAUGUCUUGAGUCUGUGGGCUCGAGAACUAGUAGAAGAUGCGGUUAGUCCGGGUUACCGCCUUCUGCGAACUCUUCGCGGUUCCUGGGUUUCGGUGAUCUGCAUCAUGGGGCACGCUUCCCUCGUGCUGCGUGACCUGGCGCGCAGCGAGUCGAUCGAUGAGGUCCAGGUGCUUCUCACCCUGUACAUAGGCGCGCACUCCUCCCUGGCAGCUCAGUUGAUUCUGUGGCGACGCCGGAACUGCAUUAAGAUGGCGGUCAGGUUGGCCAGCCACGUCGCCCGUCAGCUGCAUCUGCUUUCCAGCGACGCGAAAGCAAUGUCCGCUGCUGGUCGACUGAUUCUUCUAACAAAGAGAUUCUACGCCUCCUUUGCCACUUUUACAACUAUAUCAGUUGCGGUAUCGCUGUUUCUUGAAGGACCUUGGCGGAGUUCACUUCUUAUCUUCGCGAAGCUUGCGUUCAUGGCCUUCUGUACUAUGUGCUGCGUAUCGGCGUAUUACGCACUGUUAGCGUUCAUUCUCGGUAUCCACAUAGCAUGUGCGAAUCUUUACAAAGAACUGGGCAAGCAGUUUCAGAUUGACAGUGGGGUAGCCGAGACGACGCAAUUGGCGAUGCUCCACGCGAACCUCAAGGAAACUGUGCAGCUGCUGGAUGAAAUGCUGGGAUGGCUCUACCCUCACUUUCUCUUCGCUGGAACUGCUAUGCCUCUGCUCUGUUCCGCGAAAGUGAUAAUAUCCAAGGGACAAACAGACUCCUUUGCCCUCGGCACUGUGCCACUCAUCUUAUUGGUUUUCAUAACCCAAUGUCUAGUCGGACAAUCACUGGAGGAUGCUAGUAGAGCUCUCCCGGACAGUUGUUACUUUGGCCCGUGGCUCCAAGAAACGUCCCCAAAGCGCAAAGGCCGCCUCCUCAUCAUGCUGCUCGCACAUAGCCACGCCGUUCUGCGCGUCAGAGCUUUCGGGAAACUAAACAGAGGUUGGCCGUGUAUCGCGAGCAGACCACUCCGAGCCGAGAGCCGAGCGCGAUCUGAGCGACCGGACGAGGUGGAGGGGGGACGGCCACCGAGCGGGCUCGGGAGCGCUUCGGUGGCCCGAGCAAGCCACCCGGCGGAGGGAAGGCGAGUUCGUAACGGUCGCAAGAAGUACGGUCUUUGGCUGGACUCACUAUAGAGCCGCGGGAAGCGCGCCGCUCCACGCACAUUGCCCCUCGUGCUAGAGCCACGCCGGGCAGAGCCAUAGCGACCGCAGCACUCACCUGCGAUUGGCGGCCAAGGCAACACAGAUAACCUAAGUGUUCAACUGCUCAAUACUUGGAAGUGUGCAACUGCAAGUUAAAUACUUGCAACUGUGGAACUGCAAGUUGAAUACUUGCAAGUGUUGAACUCGGUAGGUGCGCACAAGUGCAACUCCUCGGUUGAGCACUUCCUAUACAGUGAGCGUUCAAGCCAAGGAAGUGUUCAACCGUGGAGUUGCCCACUUGCAAGUGCGCACCUACCGAGUUGAACACUUAGAGGUGUACAACUACGGAAAUAUAGCAGGAAAAUGCAAAUUUUGGCCAAGCACAGCCCUUUUGGGGCAUAAAUGUCGAAAGGCUAAGCUGAAGACGAUGACUCACAGCUCCACGCCUCUAGGGGUGCUUUCCUAAAUACAUUCACCAACUUUUGGUAGACAGCCGCCUCUUGGGAAAUUCCUAGGGUGGCCCCUGGAUGUCUUAAAGUACCGUUAUGGGCCUGUAGACCUAACUGACAUGGGUUGGCGAUGGGCCCAGGGCCCACUUCGGCCAAGCCUCUCGUUUUAGGAUAACUCGAAGAACGUUUUUCCAGGACAACUUUUGGGAUCCCAGAUUUUCUCUCCACCUUCGUAUUGCA